GUUGUGGGCGUGGCCGGCAGGUCACAUGACGGUGCUGUCUUGUGAUCGCAGUCAGUCGGUUGGUAGCCGAGCACGCGGUGACAUGGUGUGCGCUCCGGUGUCGGUCCUGUCCGUGCUGCUGUGCUGGUGCCUGGCGGUGCGGGGCGAGGGUCUCUGGGAGGCGGGGGAGGACCCGAGCGUGCUGAGAGCCGAGGAGUCCCCGUACGGCUCCCUGUGGCCGCUGCCCCGCUCGGUGCAGAGCUCUGCCGAGUGCCUCUUCCUGUCACCGGACAGCUUCAGCAUUGUCCAUGGCAGCGGCUCCACCGCGGGGCCCUCCUGUGUGCUGCUAGAGGAUGCCUUCCGCAGGUCAGUGUGCCGGCAGCCCAUAGCACCAUGCUGGCACUGCCCGGGUCUACCCAUUAUACCCUGUAACCUGGCACUGCCCAUAAUACCCUCUAACCUGGCACUGCCCAUAAUACCCUCUAACCUGGCACUGCCCGGGUCUGCCCAUAAUACCCUCUAACCUGGCACUGCCCGGGUCUGCCCAUAAUACCCUCUAACCUGGCACUGCCCGGGUCUGCCCAUAAUACCCUCUAACCUGGCACUGCCCGGGUCUACCCAUUAUACCCUGUAACCUGGCACUGCCCGGCUCUACCCAUUAUACCCUGUAACCUGGCACUGCCCGGCUCUACCCAUUAUACCCUGUAACCUGGCACUGCCCGGCUCUGCCCAUUAUACCCUGUAACCUGGCACUGCCCGGCUCUACCCAUUAUACCCUGUAACCUGGCACUGCCCGGCUCUACCCAUUAUACCCUGUAACCUGGCACUGCCCGGCUCUACCCAUUAUACCCUGUAACCUGGCACUGCCCGGCUCUACCCAUUAUACCCUGUAACCUGGCACUGCCCGGCUCUACCCAUUAUACCCUGUAACCUGGCACUGCCCGGCUCUGCCCAUUAUACCCUGUAACCUGGCACUGCCUGGGUCUACCCAUUAUACCCUGUAACCUGGCACUACCCAUUAUACCCUGUAACCUGGCACUGCCCGGGUCUGCCCAUUAUACCCUGUAACCUGGCACUGCCUGGGUCUGCCCAUUAUACCCUGUAACCUGGCACUACCCAUAAUACCCCCUAACCUGGCACUGCCUGGCUCUACCCAUUAUACCCUGUAACCUGGCACUGUCUGGCUCUGCCCAUUAUACCCUGUAACCUGGCACUGCCCGGGUCUGCCCAAAGUACCCUGUAACCUGGCACUGCCCAUAAUACCCCCUAACCUGGCACUGCCCGGGUCUGCCCAUAAUACCCUGUAACCUGGCACUACCCAUAGUACCCUCUAACCUGGCACUGCCCGGGUCUGCCCAUAAUACCCUGUAACCUGGCACUGCCCGGCUCUACUCAUUAUACCCUGUAACCUGGCACUGCCCGGCUCUACUCAUUAUACCCUGUAACCUGGCACUGCCCGGCUCUACCCAUUAUACCCUGUAACCUGGCACUGCCCGGCUCUACCCAUUAUACCCUGUAACCUGGCACUUCCCCACCAGAAUAAGCAAACCGUUCAGAUUGCAAGUGUUAUUUGUUUUUUUUAGUAUUUUUUUUUUUUUAUUCUCCAACUACUGUGAAUCUUGUGGGUUGUUUUUUUUUUUUUUACCACCAGCUUAAUGUGUAGAUUAAAUCUCAUCUUUAAGUUGCAAAAUGUGAUGCGCACACACAAUGCUUAUCGCAAUGACUCUCCAACCGCAUGGAGUUGGUCAGUUAUUGAUCAAGAGGCAGACCUAAAAAGCAAAAUAUAUGGCCCCUGACUCAUUCCCACGCAUGCUGCUUCUCAUGUACCUCUCUAUCUGUGCAAUCCUAUCCUUUCCCCAAUAUCUGCCUGUCUCCAUUGGGAUAGGAUGCUAGGUAGUACCUUAUGUUUUGCACAUUGCAAUGCCCAUUUGUGGAGUACUGGGGUGGAAAUGCACACGAAAUGAGGCUUUAUGUUGUAUGCUACUUAUUUGCAUCUGGCUCCGAUGGAGCUUGAGCGUCUGCGGCAGUGAGCUCAGGAGGAAGUGGCUUGUUUGCAUACAGCUAGUCUGGUAAGGAAUUAGAAUUUCUGGUGUUUCCCCCUCUUUGUUUCCACUCCCAUUGGAGGAACCCCAGAAUUUCGUAUGUCAGAAGGAUCCUGUCAUAUACUAAAGGUUGGAAUGAGGGGUCUUUUUGGAUUACUGGACUGUGAUACCUGUAUUUUAUUUUUAUUUUUCUCUUUAUUUAUUUUGGCCUGUGUGGUUUGACAUUUUAGGGACUGCACAAACCAAUGGUGUUUACAUAAUCUAGAAGUUGUGUAAAACCAUAACUAUCCUUGUAUGUCAGUAGUUCCUGUGCCUUGCGUGCACAGUAUUCUACAUUAAAGGGACACUAUAGUCACCUGAACAACUAUAGCUUAAUGUAGUUGUUCAGGUGAGAUCUAUAGCUCCCUGCAGGCAAUCUAAUGUAAACACUGUAUUUUCAGAGAAAAAACAGUGUUUACGUUGAUAGAAAUACCUCUAGUGGCCGUCACCCUAAAAAGGCCAUGUACACGUCAUUAAAAUACGUCUGACAUGUGCAGGAGAGAGAGGGCACUGUGUGCGCGCCUUCUCUCUCCUGCCUGUCAGCAGAGGAGAGGGGGCGGGCAAAGACUGCAAGCUGAGCGGUCAGUCAGCUCACGGCCGCGCAUGCGCGGUAGUGCGCUCAGGACUUCAUAGGACGGCAGUAAUGCCGCCCUAUGAAGUAUAUGCGCGUGUGCAGCGAAGCAAUAUAAAUGAACUAUCUCUGAUCUGUAUUUUUGCACUUUUUACUUUUUUAUAUUUUGUUAAAUUAUCUCUUUUUGUUAUCCAUAUCCCGUUUUUAUAUUGCAUCAGUCUAUAGAGAUACAGAGUUCCACAUACUGUGUUGCCAAUAUACAUAGAUACAUUUAUCUUUGACAUUUCAAAGUAUAAUAUUUGGAGCAGGCACCAUCUACCCUACAUUUCAUUAUGGAUAGAGAUACUUGCUCUGUACAUAUAUUGGCUGCAUCCCGAUCUAGUAAUUUAUUUCAUUUUAUUUUUGGUUUUUAUUCUUUCUUUUCUUAUUUUCUACUACCUUCAAUAUUCUCUCUUUUCCCUCUCUCUGGUUCUAUCUAUUUUUUUUUUCAUUCAUUUUUUUUUUUCUCAUUCACUUUUUAUCCACUAUCCCUCACUGCAAUUAAAGGCACAGUAAUUAUUUUUAUCAUAAUUAUUUUUCAUUUUUACAAUAUAAUUUUUUUUUUUUUUUUUUAAUUGAUUCUCCCACUUCAUUUUAAUUCAUCUCAUACGAUUUUUCACUUAAUAUAUUUAAGCCGCCACUAGCCAACUCCUGGACUUUGCACACUAUCUUUUUAGAGUGUUCCUAUCUGCAUGGACCUUCUAUGUUAGAUACCUGAACUUACAUACAAAUGGCAUCAGAGGGCAGUAGAGCCCCUAACGGGGAGAAUGGUAACAAAGGUAAGUGAGCUCGGGCGAAGGAACGAGGGACUACCACUUCUCUUGAAGGAACAUCUCCUCUUUAAAAUGGAGAACAGGAAUAGCUAGUGUGCAAUCUCAUCUCUUCCUAGUUGUCAGGAUUACUACUUGAUCCAGCACGUAGAAUUGUCACACAGAUGACUAAUGGGUAACAUAUUACCGUGCCUUAGAAUGGCCGGGCUAACGUACUAGAGAUUAGUCAAGAUACUAGCCGAGGUCAGGGGACACAGAAAGGGACACAACGAUAAAGGAAAGCCAGAAGUCGGGGAUACCAGAAUACAGGGAAGUCAAAAACAAAGCCAAAGUAAAAAAACAGAAUAUAACUGUUCAGGAACGCACUCUUGGACAACCACUAGGGAAUCCAUGACAGGGCAUUGAGGAAAGGUAAUUUUGAGUUUAAAUUCACGUUUUUCCUUUCUGAUUGGUCGAGAUCGAUCUUUGACUCCAAAACGUGCUCCUGCGUGACGUCAUGUGCAUACCGACGUCAAGGACGUGGGGGUAUAUUUUACCGUGGAUCCGCAGCAUGCUCCAAGUGUCAGUCACGCAGACGCACAGCCGCUGGUUGCAGAGACCGCACGAUGCGGGAGUAUGUUACACUAGUGACGUGAUGGUAUUCCACAUCCAGUAGUAGGAUGCCCUGUGCAUCCUUUUAGGGCACUAAUUGUGGAUGAGGAAGAAGCAGUGUUUAUGUAGCAUAUCCUUUAAUCUAUUUCAUUUGCUAUCAUAAAAAUCAUAGCCCACUUGAUCGGCAAGUUUCACUGUAGAUUAACCUCUCUCUCAUAUUACCUGAAUACACAAUCUCAGAUACAAAGGUUAAAGUGGAGUCAAAAGAAAAUACUGGGCUCAAAAGAUAAAUAUCCUAUUAAUCCCUCAGCGAGUCUACAUGCAUAUCAUAUUAAAUUAAUGCUUAACUCUAAUUGACUGCCUAGUGCCACUAUGAAGAUUCCAAGCCCAAUGACGUAACUGUCCCACGGUUAUCUCGGCUUAAUAAAUGUACCUGUACAGAUAGUGGCUUGCAAGGUCCAGUGCAGAUAUCCGUGAAAACAAAUUCCAGAGAAAUAAGACCAUUUUCACUCUGUCUUUAAGUUCUGUGUAAAAUAAACAAGCUAACCGCAAUGACAACAAUUUAAUCAUAUGUAACACAGUAAAGGAGUUUAAGCAUGCGUGGGAAAGGCAUAAGGCUAUCCUAACUAUAAGAUAAGGCUAGGGACUAAUGAAAGUAUUUAGAAAUUUGGGCAGACUAGAUGGGCCGACUGGUUCUUAUCUGCCGUCACAUUCUAUGUUUCUAUGUUUCACCAACCAUAAAAUGUUCUAUGUUGAGCAUGCAACUGUAUACAUUAGUCUAGGGGUAGGCAACCUAUGACACUCUCUUAUUUAUGGACUACAUCUCACCUGAUGCACUUACAGCCACAUUGCUGGAAAAGCAUUAUGGGCGAUGUGGUCUGCAACAUCUGUAGUUCUGGAGGUUGCUUACCCCUGAAGUAGGAGUUCCCAAAAAGUAGACGCCCCCCCCUAUCUUUUAGUUCUUAAAAAAUCUAGUAAUCUCUAAGCACACAAUUUUAAGUUUUUUUUAAUGGAUUACUUCAGGUACAGAAACUUGGUGAGUUAUGGGGUUCUGGUGGCUGGUCAGGGUUUACAUCUUGCACUUAUGGUUGGAUUUGUUUUGUUUUUUUCAUUGUACUAGGUAUUAUGAGUAUAUAUUUGGAUAUUCAAAGCGGAAGAAUGUUCCCAUUAACAAAGAGUUGGGAGAACUACUUCAACUUCAGGUUAUAAUUACCUCUCGAGACAACGACUGCCAUAAAUAUCCAAGCAUCAGUUCGGAUGAAUCAUGUAGGUAUUACCAAUACACUGCACUUUUCAGUCUGUAUGUUUGUACCUGCAAUCCACUUAUAUUUAUAAUAAUCACCACUCUGCGUUCUAUAAAUCCAUAGCUGGAAUUUAUCAUUUAUUUAGCUGAACUCGUCAUGGAAUACCGUUAGGGGACAAAUAAUCUAUCAGUUGUUUAUGUCUUAUUUGUCUUAUCUUGUAUCAAGGCUGAAUUACUGACAGGGCAGUCUUUGGCCCAAAAUGGUAGGUAGCUUACUGCCUGUAGUUGCAGAAUAAGUGUAUUUGGCUACAGGUGUCUUCGUUGAAUUUGGAGAUAUACACAAAUUUAAGAAACCUUUGUUUGCUUUGGGUACAGUGUUAGUGUUAUUUAUGACUUAUUUAAAAAAAAAAAAAAAAAAAAAUGAUAGAAAACACUUCAAAUAAUAACCAAUUUGUGGUUAACAGUCAGGGAUGGUCGGUGAUUAAAAGGUGCAAACAAGGUCUAUGCAAUAUACAACACCACAGCAGCAACACCAGUCCAUACAUUCACAAAAGCAUGGGAUCGAGAAAUACCGAACCACAUAACGGAGAGCCAAUGGGCCCACAUCUUCCGGGCACAUAAGAACCUCUCACUGUGUGCCUCCCAUAUGGAAAUCACACAGAAAAUUUUGUACAGAUGGUACCAGUGCGCCUUAAGAAAGGCAAUCCAAACAUACCAGACACAUGCUGGCGCUGCCUAAGCGACAAGGGAUCUAUGCUACAUAUCUGGUGGUCGUGCCCGAAAUUGAAGCAAUUCUGGCUAGACAUCACAACCACGAUAAGGGAGACCACGGGGAUCAACCUCCAGCAAUCCCCCGAAAUAUACUUAUUACAAUUAUUUCCAAAAGGCCUAUGUAGAACCCACACAUAUCUCAUAUACCAUAUCAUAGUAGCAGCCCUCCAAACUAUUAGUAGACAUUGGCGCGACCCAAACCCACCGAAAAUGGCUCAAUGCACAACAGCAUUACAGCUAACAAAACAAUACGAACUAAUGGCGCGGGAAAAUACGGCACCAAAACCAUUUAUAGUGGCAGCCUGGGAGCUAUGGGAGCAGCACAUAGCAAGUACGUAGAGAUGGGGCCAAUACAGAUUCACUCUUUAAGUACGAGACACAUAAACCACUCCGACAGCUGAGACCAUCCAAAUGGGGAAAACCUGUUCAAUAGACCACGUAAUAAGAAACGUAUGCACCCAUGCAAUGUACCUAAGAAAGGUAUCAGGAUAUUGCACAUACACAGAGCAACUAUAUAAGGUAACUGCAAUUAUACAGGAAAUUAAAUGACCUCUAGAGAACACUACCGCUUCUCCUGGACCCCCCCCCCCCUAUUCUCCCUCUCUACCCUUAUUUACACCCCACCUUGGUUAAACUGUUAAACAAUCAACAAGUUAGCAAGGAAUGAGACAAGCAUUAUGUAACAGGACCGAAUAUGAUGUAUACCGAUGUCUGUAAUUAAUCCCUGUUGUACUCCACAUGUGUCAAUUUGUUGAUAUGGCAAAAUGCAAAAAAAAAAAAAAGUGCAAACAAGGGGCCACACAGUAAGGGGGUUCGGUAAAUGAACGGGGAUAUACGGACAGCCAAAUGAAGGGAAUAAAAGUAUAUUUGGGUACUCCAUUCCACUAAAAGAUCAUGCUUCUGAAGUCGCGUUGCUCAAUUCUCUGCCUAAACACUUCCUUUAAUGAGUCAUCUAAAAUGUAUACUUUCUUUAUUGCAAAUAUUUUAUAAUUUCUUCUCUUGCACUGUUAAUAGCUUGCUAGGCCCUACAGGGGCUUACUGUGUGUAUUUAAAGUUCAAUUAACAGAGCAGGAGACAAAUUUUAGGUUGAAAAUUAUAGUUUUGCUUUCAUGCAGGCUGUGUCAGUCACAGCCAGGAAUGGUGUGGCUAGGGCUGCAUAAAGAGAAACAAGUGAUUUAACUCCUAAAUGGCAGAAAAUUGAGAAGUGAGAUUUCUGAGACAUUACCUAUACACCAAAACUGCUUCAUUAAGCUAAAGUUGUCUUGGUGACUAUAAAGUCCCUUUACGUUCACGCUGCCUCUUCGGAUAAAAAAUACAAAUACUGACCAUACGCUGCACUGAGCAUGACUUUUGUUCUGGAGCUGUGGAUAUACAGUCAGCGUUUCUAGUCUGGAGGCUUCAAUGUGUAUUCUGUACAGAUUCAGAAUACAUUGCAUUAUUCAUUGUGUUAUUUGCAGUCAUUCCAUCUAAUCUAUUUUAACAUCUGAUUAUUUUACGCUCCAGAGAUGGUAUACACCAUAUAUUCCAUAACCUGACAGCUGGUAUUUUUUUUUUUUUUCUUUCUGAAAUAAAUACUUGGUGCUUCCUAUAAUUGAAUAUUCAUAAUUGAUUUUGUUUUUCUUUAGAUAAAUUAAAUGUUAAUGGCAGUGCUGCAGUUCUUCAAGCCAGUCAAGUGUGGGGUGCUCUGAGAGGUAAUGUUGUUUACUCUUCUUAUUUAAGAGUAGAUCCUUCCUUCGCAGUGAUCUAUCAUGCCUGUGUUUUUUUGUUUUGUUUUUUUUUGUGGUUUUUUGUUGUUUUUUUUUGUCCUUUCUAAGCCAUUCCAGUUUAGCGCAGUGUCCCUUUUACAAUUACCAACUUGCUUUAUUUCUCCACUGUACAGUGCGGCAGACUGUCAUCGCUGUGUGAGUAUACGCCUGUAUACUUACCUGUUGCUUAUGAAUAGAUACAACUUAUGCAACUAAUAUGCCCCUGUAGAAAUUUGAGGUCCUGUGCCAAGGUUGCCUUUUGACUUUGUUCUAUCUAGACAAACUCAAAUGUCAACAGCAUAUUUAUAGAACUAACAAAAAUGGGUAUGUGCAUGUCUUAACUUACUAAAAGCAGAAUAUAACUUGCCCUAUACAAAACAUCAGCAAGGACAUGGUCACGUUUAGUCUUUAAAUUAUACCUCUAUAAGAUGUGCACUUUUUUACUUUACUAUAUAUGAUAAACCUUUCCUUUGUCUUUUUGCUUAUUCCACCUGUGUCCAAACUUACCUUUUUGAAUUUUUUGUAAGUCUAGAUUUAUGUAAUCAACUAAAGCAUAAAAUGUAAUUUAAAAAUAAAAUGAAAGCCGUGUUAUUUGUUUCUCUCUAAACUUAACAGGUCUAGAGACUUUCAGUCAGUUGGUUGAACAAGAUGACAUUGGUUUGGUAAGUGUUUCAUAAGCAACCAAAUGGUGUUCACUACUCUAAAACACAAAAAACAAACUGGAUUUUGACUCUGAAAGUGCUAGUUCUUAAUUAUCUCGCCCCAAUGUCUUGUCCUUGCGGUAGGUAGACUUUUUUUUUUUUUUUUUAAACAAACAAAAACUGUGCAGUAAUGCGGUUCUGGGGAGGACAUACUUUUGAGGGCUGCAAUUUCAGCAGUUUGAGGGAACUCUCUUGGGGGUCCUAACACAAUCUUGGGUGUCUUUUGUGAAGUUGGGCAGUACAGGUUUUCUCUCCUUUGACUGCAGGUUGGUAUUGGUUUUAUUAUACUGUAUACUGCUUAUAUUGUUACCCGGUAGUGUUAUGGUGUAAUUCCCAUCUUGCUGUUUAUUCUGUUUUGUUGGUAUGGUUAGAAGUAUAAAGAUAAGUGUAGUAUUCACGCUCCAUCCUUCACCAUAGGCCUAGUGUUUGGCAUGGAAAUGGAAGCCAUGUCUGAGAGAGGAUUCUGUUUGGCUGUUAUGAACAUACAGGGUUAUAUACCAACGUGAGAAAGUGAAUUUCAAAUGUAUCUGUGUUUAGUUUCCCUGUCUGCAGCCAGAUUGUGAAUUUAAAACCACUCUGUGCCGUUAGGAGCUGAGUUGUCUACAUGUGUUUGAUAAGGAAGUGUCUUUGUGCAAUGCAUUAAGGAGGAAGGCUUAUGGUGAAGUGCUGCUAUGGUCAAGGCUAGCAAAACUGAAAACCUAUUAAAUUUGCCGUCAUUUUAUUUUGCCUCCUGUAUGCUUCCUCCCUUUAUCUGGAAUCUAUGGCUUGGCUUCUAGAUAUAUAUCAAUUCAAUGUAAUUGUGUUCCUGGCAAAUUCGAAGGGGAAGGCAUUGUAUUCAUUGUAGUGCUACCAUGACACAGCCUAAAGAGAAGAGCCAGUCUGAAUUGUUUUUUUUUUUUUUUGUGUUAGGAUGAAGUUUUAUACCUCAUCAGACGCAUUGUAUGAUACACUUGCCUUACAGGCAUAUUGCUGGUGUCUGAUAUAUUUUACGUUGAGACUUGGUAACGUAGGUGUAACAUGGCCUUUACAAUGCACACCAAGUGUGCUCCAGUGUUAACGUAAUGCGUGAUAUACACCUGGAAACAAUGUGGAAGUACAAAAGACUGAGUUUUUCCACACCUGUGUGCAAUUCCCAUGCCUCUUCCACCCUUUCCUUUGCAGUUUCGCAUAAAUUAUACCCAAAUAUCUGAUACACCGCGGUUUGCACACAGAGGGAUUCUGCUGGAUACAUCCAGGCACUAUCUUCCAUUGAAGACCAUCCUGUUAAACUUGGUGAGUUAAUACAAGAUUGUUGGCAGUGUCUCAUGAAAUGUUUUCUGACUGUAGUUAUAACAGAUCUUUGUGAUGGGAUAUCUGCAAUAGGUAUUCACUGGGAUACUCCAGACAAAUACUGAGCAUUGAUUUAAAAAUGGCGCUUGGGUUAGUCACUUUAUUUUUCAAUUUAAGGAUACAAAUCUAACGUCAAAAUGGCUAAACUGGAAAUACAUCAGACUUCUUUCAAUUCAGCAAGUAACCCUGAAUCUUUGAAAUGCUCUUCCUGCAUGCUAGUAAAGGAAGACCUUUUGAUGUUUCGGCUUUGCUCCAUCCGAUGUUUCUAACUUUUUUGCCUCUCAAAAAAAGAGGUGGUCAUAACACUUUCUUAACAAAUAAACUUAAAGCAUAACUUUUAUUACUAUAUUAAAUUAAAAAAAACAAAUCGUUACAGCUACAAAACACCGUAAAUACGUUUUUUUUGUUUUUAAAUCUGACUGCCAUUCUGGGGUCAAGAAGGAAUUUUUUUCCUAGCUUGUUGCAAAAUUGUGCUUCAAACUGUGUGUGUUUGUGUGGUUUUUGGGGGGUUGCCUUCUUUUGGAUCAACAGCAAAAAAAACAAAUGUGAGGAAGGCUGAACUUGAUGGACGCAAGUCUCUUUUAAGCUAUGUAACUCUGAUGUAAUGGUCCUCAAAAAAAAUAAACUUAAAUAUAAACCAAAUAUUCUAUCUUCCAAAAAACUGAUCUGUAACGACUAAACGCUGUGUGCCUUCGAGGGUUACCAAAGCUUAGAAACAGGAGUGCUGAAUCUGAAUGUAAAAAUGGACAUCUACACCAAAAAUGGCCAUGGAAUCCAUUUCUAUGACUAAUAAUCGCAGUGGUGUCCUCAUAUUGCCAAAGCAGGGAAUGGAGCCAAGCCCUGAUGUGCGUUUAGUCAGACUUAGCAAGCAUACAGCUGGUGUUUGCCAGCUCCUUGCUUUGAUUUCAUUUGUAGCACAAUGCAGGUUAACGCGCUGUUCAGAAGUAACUAUUGGGAGUUAUCUAAAUCUGUAUCUCGUAGAAUUUGGGGGUGGGGGAUGUCACAAACUUUAAAAAUGAAGCGAUAUAUGUGAGGGUCCCAUUCACUUUAUUGAGUUCUCCACUUUGAAGGCUUAGCACUUCCUUCUAUAUCACCAACACCAUUUGCUCUGUUCAAGUGCUACUUGGCAUAUACUUUUGUUAUAGUGGGGGAAAAAAAAACUUGAAUGUUGCAUGAGAUCUGUAAAAACCUUCCAUUUAGAUUGCUAAGGCACUGAUAAAUAUGUAAAUUGUGAGUGUGAAUAUUUCUUACAUAGGCCGUCCAUCAAGUUCAGUCUUCCUCACAUCUGUUUUUGCUGUUGAUCCAAAAAAAAACAAAAACCCAGUUUGAAGCGCUUCUAUUUUUACAACAAACUAGGGGGGAAAUCAUUUUUGACCCCAGAAUGGCAGUCUGGUCUCUCCUUGGGUCAAAGCGUGCAUAGUAGGAAAGCAAUGGCUUUAAGAGGGGGUUCUGGAUACCAUCUUAAGAAACCAAAAAUGAAAUGUGUUGUCUCUUAAAUCCGCCCUCCCCCACUCUCAAUGCAUUAUAUAGAGAAUACAUAUAAUAGUAUAUAUUAGCCAUUUUUAUUAGAGCAAUGCAAAGUGCUUGACAUUCUUACACUGAUCCUUUGAGUGAUGUAUAGCUAUUGCAGCCAUUUUAUAGUGAUUUAUAGCCAUAUACUAUAAACAUGUUUUGUCACACUGUUAUUGGCAUUGUCACCCAUAGUCCGUACAUUAUUUGAUACAUGUGUCUGAGUAAAUUGCAGACUGAUCAUAGUGUGUGUUCAUGUAACUUAUUUCUCUUCUUGCCACAGGAUGCCAUGGCCUUUAACAAGAUGAACGUUUUCCACUGGCAUAUUGUCGACGACCAGUCUUUUCCUUAUGAGAGUAUUACUUUUCCUGACUUGAGUAAAAAGGUGAAAAUCUUUGUAGUCUGUGCCAUCCAAAAUCAACACUGUGAUGUUUUUAUAAUUUUAUUUAGAUUUCUGUAUGUAAUAGGAGGCUCAUGAUGGCAUAUCUUCUAAUAUAAUCCCCUGAAUACAAGCUUGUAGCAUGGUGUGUUGGGUUUAUUAAUCUGUAGCUUUAAUUCUUCACGCAAAUUUUAUAAAUGUUGUUCCUAGGGAGCUUAUAAUCCGUUUACCCAUAUUUAUACCUUCACUGAUGUCCGACUGGUGAUUGAAUAUGCUCGCCUACGAGGAAUUAGAGUUGUUCCAGAAUUUGAUUCACCUGGACACACUGAGUCAUGGGGUGCAGGUAUGGUUUCCAUUCAAUAUUACAUUUUUUUUAUUUAUUUUUUUUUUUUUGCUUGCUGGCUGUCUGGUAACUGCUUUAUAUAGACAAGGAAUGUGUGGGCCUUAUAUUAAUGCUCAUGUUGCCAGUCAUCUGUGCAAUGGAUGAGUCAGGUAUAAGCAUAUGUAUUUGUUACAAGGGAAUGAUUCCUUUUAUCCCUCCCCCAGGGCAACCAGGCCUUUUGACCCCAUGUUUUAAAGGAGAAGAACUUUCAGGAACAUAUGGACCUGUAAAUCCCAUUUUAAAUGACACCUACAACUUUAUGUCCCAGUUCUUUAAAGAAAUCUCCAAAGUGUUUCCUGAUAAAUACAUCCAUUUAGGAGGAGAUGAAGUAGACUUCUCUUGCUGGUAAGUUCUAAAAGAUUUUUAAAGUGGUACUCCUCAUCAGCCCAGUAAAUGCUAUUGUAGUGAAUAACGCAGCAGAGGAAAUAUACCCUUUUUUUUUUUAAAGUAACAUCCCAUAAGGCUUGAUUUCACUGCCCCAUGAUGCCAUGGCAUCGACAGAGAAAUGCUCAAAGAGUGCAUGCAGGCGUAGGCAUCCCUUUAGUAGUGCUUUACACUCACCUGUGGUACGGUAAUAGUUAAUUUUUAUUCAUGCAAAAGUCAGUCCACAUAUGUAAAUUAAAUCUAACGCAGUUUUUGAAAGCUACAUAACACACAUCCUACCCAACUAUUAGUUGACCAUUUUCUACUACAACCGUUCCUCUUUAAAUAAUUCCGGUUAUAUCCUUAUGGUUCAGUAUACACGCUGAUAUACCAAUAUAAAACCUGUCUUAUACUUGCUAAACACAUCUUGCAUCAGAUGAAAAUAUUGUAAUAAACCUUUUGCUUUCCUGAUCUAAACGGCUAUUAUUAUUUUUGCAGGAAAUCUAAUCCUGAUGUUUGCAAGUUUAUGGCUGACCAUGGUUUUGGCACAGACUACACAAAGUUGGAGUCCUAUUAUAUUCAACUGUAAGUUGAGAGUAUUUAGAAAAUUGGGCAGACUAGAUGGGCCGUAUGAUUCUUAUCUGCUUUCACAUUCUAUGUUUCUAUACGUACCAGGAAAGGUUAAAGCAUGGGUCGUCAACCUGGUCCCUACUGCCCACUAGUGGGCGUUUCAGGAUUCCAGGUGGGCGGUAGGGAUUUUCUAAUUUUGACAGAUUGGGCAGGCGGGUGCGAGCCAACGGUACCCCUGCGACUGGGUACCGCCAUCACCACUUGCGGUCCUGGCCCGCGUGGCAAACCGCCGGGCCGCACAUGCGGGGGGGUUCAUCAGGUGGCCCAUGCUGUCAGGGCCACCCAAUAGAUGUGGAUUGUAAUGGGGCCCAGUCAGCACUGGGCGCUUUAACAGCGUGACCGGGUCCCCUGUGAUUACAUCACACGCUGGGAGGAAGUGACUGCAUGUCACUCCUCCCAGCUCCCAGGAACUCUGACUCCCAUCUACCUGAGCCACCACUGGAUCCCAGGGAAAGUCACCCUCCUGCACCUUAAAGGUAGGAAACAGGAGGGUGACUUAAAUAUAAUGUGUAUGUGUCUUUGUAAGUAUGUCUUGUGUGUGUGUCUGUAUGUAUGUGUGCCUGUCUGUUAUAAUGGGCUAUAGUAAGUGGGAUUCCUAGCUCAGCCUUCCUACUGGGCACUGCUAUAAGUAAGGUUAAAAAAGGGGGGUAGGGAUAUUGAGGAGGGGAGCUGACGCACAGAUGAGAAAUCAUAUUAUGCGCAAACAGAGAAGUCAUCUGAAUAUCACCGAAAAAGGAGACCUUCGUUUGUUCCUUACAAAAAUCGAACCAUAUAAAAUAAUUAGUCUUGCAGCAUCAACCUCAAGGAUCUCAUUAAUCACUAGUAAAGGUAAUUUCAAUUUACUUUAUUGUUUUCUCAUUAAACUUUAUAAAGUUAAAAACAUUAUAAACAUGCAUUAAGUAGAAAUAAAAAGAUAAAUGUACGUACAUUUAUUUUUUUAAAACCCCCUCCUUUCUAAAAAAGAUUCUGCACUUGCGCGAAAACUGGUGGGCGGUAAGGAGAUUUUUUUUUUUUUUCAACCAAAAAGAUGCAUUAGCGGGCGGUAGGUAGAAAAAGGUUGACUACCACUGGGUUAAAGGAUCCUAAUUUCUUUACUUUAGUCAAUAGUUUAUCCUUUCACUUUAAGUUGUGAGUUCUUAUAGCAAUAGUUACAUAAGGGACACACUUACUAUAAGGAUAUUAAUGAGAAGAUCUGCUGUUGAGUGGUCCCAUUGCCUUACCAAAUGCUGAAUUUGCAGUCAUAUUCAUCUUGAUAUAAAGGAACUAAAUCAGUCUGCAUGCACAUUAGAACAGGAAUUUGGUAACCGCUUCCUGAACCGGACUGGGUAGAAUCCUCUGAUCAGAAGUAGGGUUUUCACAGCGCCUCCAAAUCUCAACAUGAUCGCUAUAAAAUAAACUGAAUUUAGGCUUAGGUUUCCUCUGGUAUGUUCUUAAUGUAAUACACACUUUUUUUAAUUUACAUUUUUUUUUCUCCUCCCUCUUAUUUAGACUCUUGCGUAUAAUUACAUCAUACAGCAAGGGUUAUAUGGUCUGGCAAGAGGUAUUUGAUAACAAUGUUAAGGUACGUACAUACCUUCUUAUGGAUAUCCUCUCUAUAUAGGCUUAGACACUAGUGCUGCGAAAGUGAAUUUUUCAGAAAACUUUUAAAUGUAUGACAAGUAUGCAACUGGCUUUUUUUUUUUACUUUUUACUGCCCUUAAAAAUUGAGUGGGUUUUUAUUCUUGCUAAAGCAGAGUUUCUGACACGCCAUGCCGGUGAGAUAGCUUAGUUGGCUAAUGCAUCAUCAGUAGAAUCUGUUCAACCUUUGGGUCGCAGGUUUGAAUCCCAGCAGAGUUGACUCAGCCCUUCAUCCUUCCGAGGUAGAUAAAAUGAGUACCAUUAAAUUGGGUAAUAGUAACAACCCCUGUAUGUUGGGCUAAGGUAACAUCCCCAGAACGUACUUGAAAAUCACAGUAAUCUGAAUGUGCCUUUCCUGGUUAAAUACUUUGUUAUUAACACAGUAAAGGAGUUUAAGCAUGCGUGGGACAGGCAUAAGGUUAUCCUAACUAUAAGAUAAGGCCAGGGACUAAUGAAAGUAUUUAGAAAUUUGGGCAGACUAGAUGGGCCGAAUGGUUCUUAUCUGCCGUCACAUUCUAUGUUUCUAUGCCAUGCUUUUUGUCCACUGACUUCGAUCCUGGUUUCCUGUUAUAUGUGAAAAGGGUUGGAAUGAAGAAGAAACUAUCCCUUGCUCUUUGCAUUAUGCGUAAAAGGAAGAGCUAUAAUGGUCAAAGACAGCUUGCAAAUGACACAUCUUCCACUAGCCACCAUCUUUAAAUGGCCGAUAUAUGUUGGGGCAUUACUGACUGUAGCAUGAGCGGAACGAUGCUAUAGGUAUAUAUUUUUACUUAUUUGGGAACCCCUACUUGCAGCUCUAAAACCAUAAGCAGUCAAUUUUUAAUUAUUUGUGCUCUUCUACACCUCUAAUGUAUGGCAUGUAACCCACUCUAAUACUCCAUUACGCGACUGGCUUUUAACAGAACGUGACCGGAUUCAUGUUCACUCCUCUAUUGCAAUUCUUACAGAUUAACCCAGACACAAUAGUGGAAGUAUGGAAAGGGGAAUCAUGUUUUGAAGAACUGUACAAAGUGACAGCGAAAGGGUUUCAAGCUAUCCUCUCCGCUCCAUGGUACCUAGAUUACAUUAGUUAUGGGCAGGACUGGCAGAAAUACUAUGUUGCUGAGCCGCUAAUGUUUGAUGGUUUGUUAACUUUUACUAUUAAUGAAAUAAGUAACGCAUGUCUUUUUACACCUUCAUAACCUUCAUCCUCUAAUGCUUGCAUAACAUCUCCAGUGGAAUCAUCUUGCUUUUUAGUGUCAGGUCUGUAUAGCUUUCAAUAUGAAUGACACUACUUACAUUUUCAGCUUAAAAAUAACUGGACACAAUUUUUGUCAGUUCUGACCGUCCCUUGUUUAACACCUAUGUACCAAAACAAUGACUGCCGCAGUUUCCCACUCUCAGAAUUGCCUGAGCUCCGGGUACAAUAAUACCGUAUAAAGGGCCAGCCUAAGCACUUUAACCGUUAUGCAUAUGGUAAACACUCCACUAAUGAUUCUUCUAUUUGUAGUUUAAUCUCUAAGUAAAUUCAGCUUCCUGAUGUCUGAUUGGCAUGGCAAACAUGACAUACCUGUUCCAAUCACCAGGAGCUCAGUAAGAUUGCAAGAUCAGUUUGGGGUCCAGAUCAGUGAAUAAGUAAAACCAUUCUAGAUUUUUGUUUUGGGUUCUGAACAUACUGUAAAGAGUACACCGGUUUGUCCUGCUUUUACAGUAACAUACUUUCCUUUUGCAGGACACCGUGUAAUUUUGCCCAUUAAAUAAAAGGUAUGCUUAAUUCCGUAGCUGAAUCCAGACACUGUUGUUGAAGUUUGGAAGAUGGAGAAGUAUCAAGAUGAGAUGGCAGCUGUAACAGCUGCUGGCUUUCAAGCUCUUCUUUCUUCUCCCUGGUACUUAAACCGCAUUUCGUACGGUCAGGAUUGGAUCCAGAUCUACAAAAUUGAGCCAUCAAACUUUAAGGGUGUGUGUGGUUUUUUUUUUUUGGGGUUUUUUUUUUUUGUAAUUUAUUAUUUAUUUAAUCUAGUAACAAAAAUGCCCACAGGUAAUGGGAGAUGAGGACAGGGCUUAAAAAAAAAAAAAAAAAUGCAUAAGUCGCCUUGUUCCACCUUUCCUGUCAUUUUAUAUAAUCAUGCCCCUGCAGUCUACGUGCUCAAUUCACCGCUAUUAAGGAGUUAAAUACCCAUUGUUUCUGUUUAUGCAGCCCUAGCCACACAGCAUGCAUGAAAACAAAAUGGUUUCAUUUUCAAUCAGAUGUUAACUUACUUUAGAAUUUUUGCUCUGUAAAUUGAACUUUAAUCACACACAGUAGGCUCCUGCAGGAUCUAGCAAGCGAUUAACAGUGCAGAAGAUAAAUUCUAAAUUAAAAAAUUUGCAAUAAAUGAAGGAUAAACAUUAGAUUUCACUUCACAGGAAGUGUUUAGGAAGGCUUUACACUUGCAUACAGGGAGGUGUGACUAGGGCUGCAUAAACCAAAGUGAUUUAACUCCUAAAUUGCAGAGAACUCUGCAGGGGCAUGAUCUGUACACAAAAACUACAUAAUUAAGCUAAAGUUGUUUUGGUGACUAUAGUAUCCCUUUAAAUUGGGCCAGUGCAGAGGUGUGACCAUACUUGCGGCAUAUUGUUUCCGUUUUACAAUCAAAGCCGUUUCUAGAUCACCUGAAUGUAUUGUUGGCCCCUCCCCAUAGGCCACACAAAAUAUAGUGCUGUGCAAAUAGAGCAGAAUGACUUUGGGGGGUGAACAAUAAAUAUAUAUAAUCUCUAUACGAACGACAAACACAGGUUAGUGUUGAACAUCACAUUGCCUGUGCAGACCUACUUCCCAUAAAUGACACGUUCCUAGCCUGAUUCCCUCACAUGACUUGGCUAUGAAAGUACUGUUUAGUAGAUAUCCAGUGGUGGGUUCUGGGCUGCAUGGGUCUGGAGCUUAACAGGAAAAGCAGGUUUUCCAUUGUCAUAGCAUUUAUGCACGUGGCCAACCUACUGCUAGUCUACACAACAUCUGGCUUUGGCACACCUCAAUGCAUAGUGCAGACUGGAAACCAUUCAUAAAAAUACAUUAAUAUGAUGCUGUCACUAGAGGGAUGCUCCAAUUUUAUUUCAUGAUUAAUAAAAAAAAAACAAGAAAAUGUUUCCUUUGGACCUUUGAAAUUGGUGCCAACAGACUCCAUAUUAAAGCAGAAAGAUAAGUCCUGCGCUCACUACCAUCACUGGGCCGUCAGCAAUGACUACAGUACACAUCAGCCCCAAUAUAUCGUAGAAGAACAAAGAAAAAAAAGUUACCUGCGCUCGCUCCUUAAUACCUAUAUAUUUUUAAACAAAUGAAGGUUUUUGUGUUCCCUUCAAUGGCCAUGAGAGGAUGAGCCCACCUGCCAACAUCAAGGCAUACCCCCAAGGUGGGUCCUAACGCUAACCAUUCACCUUUCUUCCUUGAGCCUCUGGCAAAAAUCUAUAAUGAGUCAGGUAUUUUUAUAUACACCCCUAUAUAUUAUUAACCCUUAAUAGGGGAACACAUGGGAUGGGCGACUCCAUAUUAAAGCAUAGGCCUGGAGCUGCAGCUCCAAUAGCCCUAUGUUAAUCUGACCCUGGAUGUGCUCCUGCAUAGGAACAUUUGAUUAAUAACACUAAGCUGCAUUUUAGUUUGCAGAUGGUACAAUUUAUUUUCUAUUACAUCUUUGAUAUACACAUUAUUCCUUCCCCCACUCGUGGGCUGUUUCUCUUCCUCCAUUGUGGUGGCAUUUGAAGAGUUCUAUUUUUAUUUAUUUUUUGACCAUUUCCAUUUCUUUCCCUUUCAGUAUCUGUGCAUCCCUCCCUCCAUCCUUCAGUCUCCCAUCUUAGCCUGUGUUCUCGUUGGAUCUGCAAAGAGCUGUAGUUACCUGCUGGUCACUCAUGCACCAUUCUCAAUGCAUGUGUACGGGUUUGAUUAAAAUUGCAGCAUUACUCUGCUACAUACAUGGCAGGUGCUUCCAUUCACGUGUGUGCAAACGGUUUCCUUCUUUCAUUUUGGGAAGCACUGCACAUACAACUUGUCUCCCACUGAAAUAAAGGGGUGCUUAUUAAGAGAAUGACACUCUGCAGCUCUUUGACAAAUUUAGUCAUGUUUAAGCCCUCUGUGAGAUCUUGUGCUUGAGUCCCCAGACAAGGCUGGUAUCCUGUCAGAAAUCCUGAGUAACUUUGCAUGCAUGCGAGCAUCUUGUUGCACUUAUUGUGCAUGGCUACCUGCAGUAUAUGCUUGCAGGCUGUGCCAGGUAUAUUAAUCUUCUUACUGGGAUUUUUAGUGGUUCAUGAGUUUUGACACACUGCCUUACCUAUUCUGUACUGUUUUAUCCAUCCAUGUAUCUCCCUAAUAGACCAAGAUAUAACCAUUCUCUGCAUGAUUAUGGCUUUACUUCCAGAAACUGCUCCAGAGAUGCUGUUAGCAUGCACGCUGUAAUCUUUACUUUAAAAUGUAGUAUUUCCUUCUCUGUGAGAACUGUGCAUGGAGUGGAAGGAACUGCUGUACAGGCAUACCCCACUUUUAAGUACACAAUGGGACCCGAGCAUGUAUGUAAAACGAAAAUGUACUUAGAGUGAAGCAAUACCUUUCUUCACUUCCCAAUGCAUGUACGGCAUUGCAAUAGUCAGGUGUGAAAAGCUCUUGCCCCAAAGACUCUGAACUGAGCUGCUCUGGGCAAGAACCUUCCAUUUCCUGUUCACUCACUGACAGAAGAGGUGUGGAAAGGUCUGUACUCGCGCGGCACCUUUACGUACACUCGCGGGUAUGUCUCUUAAAGUGAGUGUAUGUAAAGCGGAGUAUGCCUGUAUACUCCUCUUUGAAAAUUUACACUCUAACAAUGCGUCCAAGUUCAGGCCUUUCUCACACCUGUUUUUGCUGUUGAUCCAAAAGAUGGCCAAAAAAACAGUUUGAACAGCUUUCCAAUCUUGCAACAAACUAGGUAAAAAAAAAAAAUCCUUCUUGAUGCCAGAAUGGCAGUCAGAUCUCUCCUGGGAUCAAGAAGCUAUUACCCUACAAAUUAAAACCAUUCUAUCCCUGAAUAUUCUGUUUCUGCAAAUAUUCAUCCAGUUGCUGUUUAAACAUCUGUACAGACUCUGAUAAAACCACCUCAUCAGGCAGAGCAUUCCACAUCCUUAUUGAUCAUACUGCCAAAAAACAAAAAAAACUUUCAUUUGCCUUGGAUGAAAUCUCCUUUCUUCCAAUCUGAAAAAUUCUUUACUUUUAUUUCCUAAAGAAAAUGAAUAGAUUCAUUGUUAAAUACAGAGGUUUGUUAAACAACAUGGAGGUUUCAAAGUGUUUCCUGUGUGGUUCACACUGGAGAUGUAAUGCAUGUUUCUCUGCUACUGGCUCUUUAACCUGCUGUUUGCUGUGACUGACUAACAGUGCUUCCCCCUCCAGCUUGGCUAUUUUUGGCCCAAUAAUUGCAAUCUUCAGUUUUGGUGAAUUUUUAGUAUACAAGUUGCAGUCUUACAGCUUUUUGCAUGAUCAUCUUCUGCUAUUCUAUACUUUUCUUUCGCCCUGGUCAUAUCUGGAUGGGUAUUGGGUUCCUUUUUGGUAGACCAAUAUUGCAUCUGAUCUGCUUUUACAGGAAGUGAAGCACAGAAGAAACUGGUGAUUGGCGGUGAAGCUUGUUUGUGGGGUGAAUUUGUAGAUGCCUCAAACCUCACUCCUAGACUGUGGUAUGUUUGGAGACUGUAUUUUGUGGUCCUGAAGUAGUUCCUAAUUUAAAUAUACACUCUGGACACUACACGAAAAGAUGUCAUUUGAAAUGCUUAAAAGUAGAUUUAUUUGCAAUCUUUACAUUUGUAUCUUGCAAUUCUCCAUAGUUUUGCUUACGGUUAUUGGCAUAAGAUAUAUUUGGGCUUUGGAUGUACACACAUUUCCCACCUUUUGCCUGUGGAACCCCAAAGAUUCUAGAGUGCUGCCACAAUGGCUUGGAUUAAAAUGUUAAUUCAAAAAUCUAAGUUAGAAUGCAAACUGGUUCAUAUACUACUCUACAAUCACGUUUUUAAAUGGAGUAGGCAGGGGCCAUACUUUCCUGUGUUUGUUUUCAUGUAGGCCCCGUGCAAGUGCCGUUGCAGAAAGAUUGUGGAGUGAUAAACAAGUGACAGACGUACAAGACGCUUACAACAGACUUGUUAAACACCGAUGCCGAAUGGUCAGGUAAUCAUAACAUUUUGGAAUUUAAAAAAACAAACAUUUUUUGUAAGAUUACCAGAUGUACAUAAAACCCUCUAAACUGACUGGACUGUUAUGGCCGCAUCCAUAGGAUGGCUUGCCGGUUUGUUUUCCUGCAUCAUUUGUUCUUCGGAUCUAUGUCCUAGCCACCGCCAUCGUAGUGUUCCUGGAUGACGUGGAAUGCAUGGCCUUCGUCUGUGCACAUUAGCUGUAAAAUCACCGCUAAUGCACACUUGUAGACUUGGGCAUUCACUUUUGUCCAGAUUUCGGCCAGAAAUUUCAGCCGUUUGUCUGAUGGCACAGUGAGUAGGAGCAGGAGGGAGAAUUGAAUGCAAGAUGCAGCCGUGGCUCGAAUCGAAAUGUAAUUCUUCCAAAUAAAAUUCCAAAAUAGAUAAAAUGAAUGAAUAAAUUCUGGCCGAAUUUAGUCCAAAAACAAAUGGACAAACUGUCAUUUCAUCAUUUGCAGUGUGCAAGUCUAUACUACAGGACAUUUGGAAAGGGUGAAUGUAGGCAACAUGGGAGAAAAGUAUUAAGGGAAAACUUCCUGAGACACAGAAAGUGGAGCUUACUUAAACUCCUCCUUCUGUCAAAGAAAGUUAAGCAUAGGAAAAAUACAUAAGACAAAGUAGUCCCUACUGUAUCUUAUGUUUUUAGUUGGAUAUAGCUGGAAAAUGGGGAAAAAAAAGAGAGUAGGAAAGAGGAAGCGAUUGGGAAAAGGUAGGUACAGUCUGACCGUGCCUCUUUAAUAUAAAUCUUCCUGUAAAAUUUGAAAUACUUUGUCAAUACUUAUUUGACAUCUUUACACUAGUUUGUGUUAAUGAACUGGUACAUUACAUUAAAAUUCUAAAACAAAGAUGUCUAAGGAUGUUAAAUAUUCACUGGUUUCCAAGCAACCUGUCUGUUAAUUAUUGUUGGACUGGAGGAAGCAAAACACUAUAUGCACCAGGAUUAAACUUCUUUUUUUUCUGAUCUACCCAAUUAUUUAUUUAUUUUUUCCCUCUCUCACCUCUAGACGCGGAAUAGCAGCAGAGCCGCUCUAUGUAGGAUACUGUAAACAUGAAUUGAAUUUCUGAACAGCUUACAAUCUGGUGACAUACAAAAUUAAAAAAAUCGGGCUUUAUUCGAGCCGUAAAUUUAUGCUCUGUAAGAAUAAGAUGUUGAUCAUUUUGUAAAAAAUUCUGAACAUAUAAUUUUUUUUAAAGAAAAUCGUUUAGAAGUGAAAUUGUACAAUAAACCCAUAAUAUGGAAUAUUUUUUUGCUUUUUAUUGGUGUGACAUUGGGAUAUGGAAUUAGAAAUACUGGUAGAAAAUAAGUAAACAGCCCUCCUUCUGGGCAUUUAACCUUUUUAUAGUGCUACACACGUUGCUCUGUGGGCUUACAAUCUGAAGGGAUAACACUGAGACACAAGGUAGCAGGAGAUAAAAUAACAAUUGUGGGAAACACAAGUAAUGACUUUGGUAUAAAGUAGAAGGACCACUAAAGGCACCCUGAUCUUUUCAUCUUAAG